GGGGUUGCAGUGAGUUGUGCAAGGCCGAUUCCCGGCGGUGCCAUGGCCAGCGCCGGGGGAGCCUGGGACGGGGAGCGGGAGCCGCUGCCGAGCCGGGAGAUGGAGUUGGAGCCCCUCAGGCCCCCACCGCUGCCAGGGAAAACUCAGAGGGCUGUCAUGCAGGCACGGGGCAGCCUGCGCACCCGCAGCUGCAGCCUGGACCUGGGUGCCCCUGGACUGCCUGGCCCCAUGCCGAACACCCCGGGGGGCUGCCCGCCUCGGCGCCCCGACUCAGCCCUCAUCUACAGCAACGUGGGAGAGCUGCGAGCCCACCUCGUCCCCUGCAAGGCUAGCCGAGGGGAAGGAGCCGGGAGACCCCUCUCUCAGCCCAACCGAGACCCCCUGCCUCCCCCCUUGCCAAAAAAACAGCUCCAGCGAGCGGAGUCCCUCCCGGAGCAGGGGCCAUCCCAGCACCAUCGGGGCAACAAUCCCACGUCAUGGGCCAGCAGCAUCCUCUACAGCAUCCCACCAAACGGGGAGGGGGCUCCCAGCUCCAUCCCACCAUGGGACAGACCCUCCUGGGGCCCUAAGAAGCCCCUGACCAAGUCCCAAAGCCUGGGGGAAUCGGUGGCCUGGAGCAGCCUGCAAAAAAACCCAUUGCCCAGCCUGGCGGAGCUGACGUUCGGGAUGGCAGACAGAGAGCUGGGGCAGCUCCUGCAGCUCCUGGAGAGCCCUGCCGGGGUGUGCGGGGUGGUGUUGGGGUGCCAGGCGGCUGCCCUGGCCCGGCUUUCGGCUCGAAUCCAGGAGGAGCUCAUAGGACCGGAGGAGCAGCAGCAGCUGCUGGAGGCAGAGCUGGCAGGGAAGAGCUGGGCAGCAUUCAGCAUCCUGGACCGGGAGCCAUGCUGCGAAAGCAGGGAUGCCUGGUAUUUCCGAGUGGGCUUUGCUUUUGAGCAAACCCAGCUGGUGGUUGCGGCCAAGGUCCCCAAGCCGUGCUGCACCAGCCUGGGAGUGCAGAGCUCCCUUGGGGCACACUGCAGCAUCCAGCACCUGGUCGGCCGCUUCACUGACCGCCUCCCUCAGGAGCUGGUGCUCCCGGGAAGCCCUGGGGAACAAUCACCUUCCAGAGAGGACCCAGCCCGUCUUGCCACCCGCCCUGUCCUGCAGGUCCUCAUUUCUCCUGAGGUUCCCUACCAGACCCUGGCAGGCUUUGUGAAGGGAUCCCACGGUUUGCACAGGACCAGCCCUGGGCACUACGAACGCCUGGCUUGCCUCCUCCUCUUGCAGGUAUGCAUGGGGCUGGAGCAUCUCCGGGUGCAGAAUGUGGGGCAGGGGGACCUCUGCCCCGAGAAUCUGCUGCUGGUGCAGUGCCCGUGUCCUCCCCGGAGCCAGCAAGGCAAGGAGGCAUCCCUGGGGCUGUCCCUUCCAAGGCUGCUCAUCAGCAGCUUCUUCAAGCUUAAAGACAAGCGAAGAACUUCUUCUACCAGCCAAGAGCAGGACUGGACCAAGGGGCUUGCUGUACCACCUUCCCCAGUGGCAGAUGAGCUGAAUGUAGGCAUGCUGAUCUAUCAAAUCUUGCAUGUGGACAUCUCUCUGGAGAACGCCUUGGGGUUCAGAAGCAAUAGACUUCCUGAAAUCCCUUCCCGGUCCAUCUAUUCCACUGGACUCAAGCAUCUGGCCAUGCUGCUUCUCCACAGAGAUCCCUGCAAGAGGGUCUCCAUCGAGCAGGCAAGGAGCAUCCUGCAGGUCCUGCUCUGGGGGCCUCGCCAGGAGCUCUUUGCCAGGAGCAAGAAAACCCUCACCCUGCUCCGGAGCUGGGUGGAGGUGAAGAGGGCUCUGCUGCUCCUGAAGUUUGCGGAGAAUUCGGCUGGGGUGGUGGGGAGCCCCAGCCUCGAGGAGUGGCUGUGCUGCCAGUACUUCAAGGAGGUCACCGAACACACGCUCUACCAAGUCACCCAGGCUCUCUACACUCCCUAAAGGCAAGCUGAAGUUCAGCCCACCCGAAAGGUCUCCUCGAAGCCAAGAGCCCACGAGGACCUGGGCAAACCCACCAGCUCACAAGGAACCCAAGGGUCCUGGCUGGGAAAACACUGUUUGUGAACCCAAACCCGCUUCCCCUACAGCACAUGAAUGAUGAAGCUGGGACCAAACUCCCACCCGUGGCUCCCACAAUGCAGGAUGUGUUUUUACACCCUCAACCAAUUUUUGUUUGAUACUGUGAAUCUAGUUUAUUGGAGCAUCUCAGGAAAGACGGCUGGAUGGAAGCCACAGGAUCAAGCGCCAAUUUAGUGGCUGAUUAUCCUGAGUAACGUUUAUGGGGCUUAGACUUCGCACAAAACCCCCUCAGACCCCUCCUGCGGCCAUGAGGCUUUCACUGUUUUAAGUAACAAUGCAAAGCCACACAUUACAGUUCACCUUAAUGCACCGUUAGCAAAGGAGAAAUACAAUACCUCAUACAGCCUGCUCUUUUUAGAAACAAUUUGUGGCAUAGUCACAAAUAUAAAUGACAUUUUAAAGGGGG